GCUUUCCGACUGUUCCCUCUCUUUAUUUUUCUUUCCGUUUUUCCAGCUGACGGAGAACCGCCCUCGCUCGCUAUGCGCCACCUACCUAGUCGAGGAGUGUUGGUAAACAUCAGCUCACGUGCAAGACCUCAGCUGGUUGCCAGUUCACUUUUGCCAGCAGGUGACGACGAAUAUCGGAGCGCGCACUUGUAACGUCGUAGCGAAUCAGCUAUUUCUAGAGCGGUCGAAGCUCCCGUUGCCGAGGCCACCGCGGCAACGCGCCUUCUCUCGUUUAUGGCGAAGGAAGCCGCGCCCACGGCCGCAACUGCCACGAAGCGUCGACCAUAUCUGUGUCAGACAUGGACCUGAUGGCUGCUUUGUCACCCGUGUGGGUUAUCCUGGCGGUGACGGCCGGCGUCCUCCUGUAUCUAUACGUGACAAGGAAUCGCAACUUCUGGAAGAACCAGAAUAUCCGGUCGGAGCCAUAUUCGCUCAUAUUUGGUGCCACGUUAAAGAUUUUCUUGAACCCUGUCCAUGAGGUCGACCUUGCCAGGUAUAAAAAGUACGGACGCCUUUUCGGGGCGUUCGAAAUGGGCAAGGCCAUUCUGUUUGUUGCGGAACCAGAGUUGGUGAAGAAGGUGCUAGUCGACGACUUCUUAUCUUUGCCUGACAGAAGGUCGAUCAAGACGAAUGAACCACUCCUGGACAAUGUGAUGAGCAUGGCUCCAUUCGAAGUGUGGCAAAAGGUUCGCAAAGGUUCGGAACCGGCAUUCUCUGCGAGAGUGCUGCGAAAAAUGAAUGCUUUGAUAGAGGAGUGCGCUUUAGCGACAACGGAGCACCUUAAGAAAGCAGCAUCCAAUGCUGAAGACAUCGAUGUGAAACAGUCCAUCUGGGACUACGUAUUGGAUCUGAUAGCGAACUGCGCCUUCGCCGUGAAGCUGGACGCUCACUCGGACCCAAGAAACGAGUUUGUAACCAGAUCGAAGCAAGUCAUUUCUCAACGCUUCACCCCACGCCUUUUAGUGAUGGUUGUCUUUCCAUUCAUCGCAAAAAAGUUUGGCAUCGGACCAAUGAAGCGAGACGUCGUCGGCUUCUUCAGAAAUUUGGGCCGGAACAUAAUCAAGGAAAAUACGGACACGAACACGCACGAUAACUUUUUCCAACUUCUGAUGGACGAAAAGAAAGGACAAGUUGACAGGGAACGCGAAAAAGUUUUUGAUCGGGACCAUCGACUGUUCAACGUCGGUUCUGAUACCAAGCCAGACGAUGCAGAACCGUCAGAGACAAAAUUGACGGAAGACGAAGCCAUGGCGCAAUGCAUACUGUUCUUUAUCGCCGGUCAACUCAAGGCUUCGAACGCGAUAGGCUGCACCCUCUAUCUGCUUGCCCUUCACCAGGAAGUGCAGGAUAGGCUGAGGAAAGAAGUCGACGAAUGCUGCACACUCCAUGGAGACCGCCCGGGCCUGGAUGCGAUCACGAAGCUGAAGUAUCUUCACUGCGUUGUCUCGGAGACUCUGCGCUUGUACCCGCCUGUUACGCGAUUUGAGCGAUCGCCUUCUGAAGACUACACUCUUGGAGACACUGGGGUGAAAGUGACACAAAAGGAUCUCGUCGCGGUUCCUAUCUACGCCAUGCAGAACGACCCGCAAUACUUUCCAGACCCGUCCACCUUUGACCCCGAAAGGUUCAGCGAAGAGAACGUGGGUUCGAUUCAACCGUACACUUACCUUCCAUUCGGCGCUGGACCUCGCAAUUGUAUCGCGAUAAGCUUCUCCCUGCAGGCUGUAAAACUGGCCAUCUUUCACGCCAUUCGCAACGUGCAAGUGGUGAGGACUGAAAAUACCAGAGUUCCUCUUGUGUUCCAAAAUGGGUUCAGGCCUCUGACUGCCGAAAAUAUCACUCUGGGAAUCAGGAAACGUGCGUAGCGAGACGGGCUGGCAUUUCAGUCGCCUCGCUUUCAAAUGAAUCGAAGCUAGAUUGCUGCAAAUGGCCUGUCUGCUCGAAAAACAUACGAACUUUCUUACGUCGUGACGCUUUAGAUUAGCUUCAGUCACUACUGAACUCGCAUAUUCAUAGUUAUCAAAAUCACAAUGCAACAGAUAGAUUCAGAAUUUUGAAAUUUUAACAGCAUAUCCUCAAAUUUACAAGACUUGUAGACUGAAUGCGCGAACUAUGUGCAGGCAUGCGAGCCAUAACGUCUCUAGCAUGCUUGAAAGAUACCAAUUCAGCCACGUGACCAUUCAGCAGGGUGACAACGUGAAACAUUGUCACCUUCAGUAAAAGAACCAAGUCCUCUACGUGAACACAAACUGGCAGCGAGAGUCCUACUUCCAACUGCGCUCGUUAUAACUUCCGUUCCUAUUAUUUAAGCUUGGAACAAAUACGCAAUCACGAGUGUAUCAAAAGACGUGCCACAUGUUUUAAGAAUUAUUUUUGUCGCCCGUUUUGCUGUUUAUGCUGCAUCUUGGCGCGUACAGUUGUAGACGCAGUGAUUGAAGGGAAAAUAAGAGCCCUCGUUUGUGAAAUGUCAGAUCGUGCAUACACGAUGUUGUUGUGAAAAAUAAAGCCUUCAAAUGUCUCACCAAAGUGUGUGAUUUU